AUGAUCUACGACCGAUCUGGAAGUCGCAGCUCCCUUUUGGGGUCCAAAGGCUUGGAAACAUCCAACCUUGGAACCAUGUUUGGACGUCCACGGAGUCAGGGCUGCAUACUCUGUAGGAAGCGCAAAGUGAAGUGCGACGAGGGGAAGCCUACUUGUGGCAAUUGUGCUGUAUAUGGCAGAGAAUGUCCGGGGUAUCAGAAAAGCCUGCCCCUGGUAUUUCGAAAUGAGAAUGAAAAGGUUGAGAAGUUGGUGAAAAACACUCAAAAGGGAGUCAGGAAGGACCGCCUGGAGCGAAUAGACCAGACAGAGCCUAACAUUUCAUCUGUGGUCGCUCAAGUGACCAAGGCUAUUACCGUCCCUCCGUUUCUACUGGACUCUUCGUGGGAACAUCACAGCCACUGCUACUUCUUGGAUCAGUUCACAUUACCCACUGAGCCAGAUGGGAGCCCUGGCCCACUUGAUUCGAUCCCAAUGCUGUACACAUUGUGCCAGGGGAAUCAAGCCGGGGCCCCCUUAGCUAGCUUGCGCGCCGCCAUGGAUGCAGCAGCUUCUGCUUCUAUGGCAAAUCAUGCCAAUGUAUCCUCUCUGGCAGUCCGGGCUCAAAGGAAGUAUGGCCAGGCACUGCAGCACUUGAGCAUUGCGCUGUCAUCAGUGCAGGAUGCCCUUCGGGAUGAAACGCUGGGGGCGAUCGUUUUGAUCAUGCUGUUUGAGGAUAUCAACAGUGAGCGCCAGAGCCUGAUGAGUACUCACGUCUCUGGGAUCCAGUACCUUCUGAAGCUGCGAGGGGUCAAGCAGCUCGGUGAUCCCGCCACCCGAUCUCUGUUUCACUUUGCAUUUACACAGAUGUUGAUCCAAUUUGUGGGCCUGAAAGACCCCGUGCAAAUUGACCUUGAUUGGUUGUUGGAGGUGCUUACGAUCCCACACCCGAUCUAUCAGAUGAUGGCUGGAAAUAUUCAAAUCACCAAGUUCUGUGCCACUGUCGCCGAAUUGCUUUCAAGGGAAUAUGCUCAUCUGCCCGAUGCAUUCACACUCACGUCUUGGCUUGAAAGAGGCGAGCAUCUGGAUCUAGAAUUCAGCAUGUGGCAUAGAGGACUACCAGAAGCGUGGAUGCCAAGGAGGUUUCAAACGCCCGGCGGGGACACUUUCAUGUUAUACCCAGACCUCACGUCGGCAGGCGUUUGGAAUUACUAUCGCGGGACACGAAUUAUCCUUCAACAGACUCUGUUGGAUAUUUACAGACAUCUUAAUAAUUCCCAAAUGACACCGUGGGCCCAAUAUGGUACCUUCGCUCUGCGCCCUCCAGAGGAGAUCAUCAUUGAUAUGGCAACCGAGAUAUGUGAGACUAUCCCCUUUGCCUUGGGCAAAGUUGACACAUUUGGCUGCCCAAUAUUGCGGUCUGGCACCAAGGCAGUGCAAGGCUUUGCACUUCUCUGGCCGGUGUUCAGCGUGACACAGUGUGGCUAUGCGACUGAGGCUCAAGAAGCUCAGGCCCGGUCAGCACUGCAACAUAUUGCAUCCACACAUGGAAUUCGGCUAGGAAUGGAUCUGAGCCAUGCAGUCUUCCCCAUGAGCCGCUCUCAGUCGGAAAGCUCAAAGAUCUCAGAAAUCUAG